AUGGCCAAAACAACAUUCUUGAGAGCAUUGCCUCUGGCAGCCGCUGUCUCAGCGUCAGCCCUGUACUCGACGUACGACUUCAACCCUCUGCACCAUCUCACAGGCAUCGCCCCUUACUUCGAGCCUCAAGACCCUCCCGCCUCCCCCGACGCGCCCCAGGGCUGCACGGCCGAGCGCGCCGCCUACCUCGUCCGCCAUGCCGCCAUCUACGCCAACGACUUUGACUUUGAAGAGUACAUUGAGGGCUUCGUCGACAAGCUGGGCAACACGACCGUCGACUGGACCAAGGUCCCCGAGCUGAGCUUCCUCGCCGGCUGGAGCGCGCCCAUCAGCGACGCCGAGGUCUCGCUGCUGACCCGCGUCGGCCGCCUCGAGGCCACCCAGCUCGGCGUCGACCUCAACUUCCGCUACCCCAACUUUAGCGCCCCCAAGCAGGUCUGGACGUCGUCGGCCUCGCGCACGCUGCAGUCGGCCAAGUCGUUUGCGCGCGGCCUCGAAAAGGACGAGAGCAGCGCCACCACGGUCCGCAGCAUCUACGAGUCCAAGGAGGCCGGCGCCGACAGCCUCACCCCCUACAAGGCCUGCCCGGCCUACUCGUCGUCGGCCGGCAGCGACCAGUCCGACGAGUUCACCGACAAGUACACCAAGCCCAUCAUCGCGCGCCUGAAAAAGGCGGCGCCGGGCUUCAACUUUACCAGCAAGGACAUCUUCGGCAUGCAGCAGCUGUGCGGCUACGAGACGGUGAUCCGCGGCAAGUCGCCGUUUUGCAGCCUCGACCUCUUCACCCCCGACGACUGGCUGGCCUGGGAGUACUCCGAGGAUGUCCGCUACCACUACAACGUCGGCUACGGCAGCAACGUCGCCGGCUACAACGGCCUCCCCUGGCUCAAGGCGACCGGCGACCUCCUCAUGAGCAACACCAAGAACGGCAGCAACAGCAGCGAGGUCGAUGACUUGCUGGUGAGCUUCACGCAUCGCGAGAUGCCGCCCAUGGUCAUUGUCGCCAUGGGCCUCUUCAACAACUCGGACUUUGGCGGCGGCGGCAACAUCAACGACACCAUGCCCACCGACCGCAUCAACUACCGCCGCGCGUGGAAGAGCUCCAACCUGCUGCCCUUCCUCGGCAACAUUGCCAUCGAGCGCCUCCAGUGCAAGGGUAGCCACGGCUACGACGACGGCGACUUUUACCGCGUGCUGGUCAACAGCGCCCCGCAGCCGCUGCCCAGCUGCGCCGACGGCCCGGGCACGAGCUGCUCCCGCGAUGCGUUUGGCAAGUACCUGGAGCAGCGCGCCGACAUGUUUACGGGCUUUACCGAGCACUGCAACGCAAAGUAUAAGAACAGCACAGACACAAUGUCUCUGUACACUGCAAAGAGCAACAGCACUUCAAGUUGA